AUGGUAUUGAAACUUCGUGAAUUACUUAUUAAGAAGAUCGCAAUUAAUUUAGCGGCAAUAAGAGAUGAAGGACGUUUCUAUUUGACAUCUAAACAACGUGAACUUGUUUUACAAUGGUUAUCGAAUCAUGAUUAUUUAACACAGGAUAUUACACCACAUAUUAUGCGCCAUUUAAUCACAUCUCAAUUGUAUGAGAUGAAUUUUUAUAAAUGUACACAACUAACAGAUCAAAUGCUUAUUGAAUUUUCCACUAGUCAAUUUAAAUUGAAAAAAUUAACAAUUCACAAAUGUGACCAAGUAUCAGAUGGCGGUAUUCGUGCCAUCACAAAAAAUCAACGAGCAUUAGAAUAUGUUGCGUUAAGAAAACAAUCACGUUUAACCGAUCAAGGUUUAACAGAAUUAAAUUCAGCAUUUCUACGUGAAAUUGAUUUACGUUCUAAUGAGAAAAUUAAAGACAAUGGAAUUUUAUCAUUAGUCAGUAAUAAUCUUAACUUACGAUGUAUCCGAUUAGUAAAUUGUUAUUCAUUAACUGGACAAUGCGUGAUAUACAUUGCAGAACAUUUGGCCGAUAAACUAGAGAUCUUAGACGUAGAAGGUUUAAAAUAUAUUGACGAUAUCAGUUUUGCCCACCUAGUCAAUUAUUGUCCAAAUAUAAGAUCUUUAAAUUUAUUUGGAAUAAAUAGUUUAAAUGGUGAUGGCUUAUUUACGUUAUUUACACGCGUAACGAACAUGCAACAAUUGAAUCUGUCUUAUACAAAUUGUUUUUCACAAAAAUCUAUGGCCGAUUAUUUAUGUUUUAUGCCAUCUCAAUUGGUUGAUUUAUGUUUAUCUGGUACACAGCUUUAUGAUAGUCAAACACUUAUUCGUGCAUUAAUAAGACUAAAUUGUCUUGAACAUCUUCGAUUGAACGGGUUAUCAACUGUCACCGAUGAUGGUCUUAAAAAGAUACUCGAAGUAAUUGGUUCUCAGCUUAAAACAAUUGAGUUAAAUGGAUAUAUAACAGUGGAGGCAUUAACUGAUAAAGGUGUUGAACAUGUUGUUCGAUAUUGCAAUUCAUUGCGGCAUUUAUCGUUAAAUUUACUUAGUUUUACAGCAACAUUAGAUUCAUUGUACGAUUUGUUUUCAAGUAAAACACGUUCAUUAAAAUUAAGAACAGUAUUACUUAGUUCCGCUCGAAAUAUCAAUCCAAAUGUCAUAUGGAAAUUGGUUCAGAAUUGUCCAAAUUUAGAACAUAUUGAUUUAUCCGGUAUUCAACAAAUUGACGAUUCUGUACUUGGUCUGUUGAAACAUUGUGAAAAAUUAUCUCAUCUUAGUAUUAAAGGAUGUAAACAAAUAACCGAUGAUUCAUUGUGUGAAUUGCUUUCUAAUUGUAAAUUUAGAUGUUUAAUCUUAUCUGGCUGUUUUCGUUUAACUGACAAAUCCAUUUUUGCUAUGGCUAAUAGUCAGCCGUAUCUAGAAGAAAUAUACAUAUCUGGAUGUGUUAAAAUUUCACCAGUUGCAGUCAGAUAUUUGCAAGAUUGCGCUGUCAGACGUAUAUUUAUCGAUCACAAGAUUCCAAAUUGUGAUCCGAAUCAACUGAUGGCCAGAAAUUUAGAUACCGGACUAUUUGAAUGUGUCAGUUAA